AUGGCUACUCUGAUUAUAAUUAUGAUCAUAGAGCUCAUACGGGUGCAAAUGGUACAAUUCAUUGGUGCGCAAAAAGAGAGAGACCAUAGUCGAGAUUUAAUUGUUUCUUUCGACUUGAGCAAUGAGGUUAUCAAAACAACAGCUCUACCAGAUGCUUUCAGUUCUCAUUUUUGGCGGACAAUUCUUUUGCUUGAAAUGAGCAUGUUGCUUUUGUCUCUGUCUACUAAUCAUCAUGUGGAGUUGUGGGUAUUGCUUGAAUAUGGAGUUGAUGAGUCUUGGACUAAAUUAUUUACCGUAGCAUACCCAGAAUGUUUGGAGAUGUCUCUGCCAUUAGGAUUUUCAAGAAGGGCGAGCUUAUUUUUCUCAUCGUGGAAUCAACACUUGCUCGUAUGGAACCCUCCUGAAGAAACAAUUAGCCCUGUUCCUUUGAGAAGAGCAGUACAUACAAGCAAUUACUUGCAGGCUGUCCCUUACAUGGAGUCCCAUACUUCAUUGAAGGGUUGCAACAAAUUAGAAGAUGAGCAAAAAUUCCGGAGAUGCAGCUCAAUGUUGAAGCUCUUAAAUUUCAUCAGAGCUCUUGUGCUUCUUGUCAUCAAUUACAACUGA